AUGCCGCCCGCAAAGACGACAAAGCGGGGAAAGGAAAACGUCGCGCCGAAAGCCAAGAAGGUUGUCGAGGAGGACCCGCUGGCCGAUGGGUUUGAUGAGAUGGAUACCCAGGCUGUCCUCGAACCGGUCAAGCCCAAGGGGAGGGUCGGCAGGCCCCCAAAGCAACCGAAGCGGCAAGCGACGGAGGAACCGGAGGUUGAGGCCGAUGAACCACCACGAGCAUCAUCAUCAUCAAAGGCGGAUGAGGACUUGCAGAAGCGCCUUGCAGCUAUGACGGCUGAGCGCGACCGUGCGAUUCGGGAACGUGACACGUUUGCGAAGCAGUUUGAGGACCUAUCGCGCCUGCGUUCAACCGAAGCCGAAACCUUGUUGACCAAGUUCAAGGAGCAGGCUGCGGCUGUUGCCAAGGCCCAGGCGGAUGUUAUUGAGAACCAGUCUGCGUUGAACGAGAAGUGGGCGGCCAAAGUCACCGAGCUCGAAAAAGCCCUUUCGGCAUCGCGGGUCGCGACUGAAACUGCCGAGGAGCGCGCAGCUGCCGCGGCAGCGCCCCCCGCUCUCGAAGGCAAGCUGGACGGCAAGACCUCGACCGAGUUGCGAGGCGAGGUGCUCAAGCUCCGCACCACGCUAAAGGAGAAGGAGGAGCAGCUCACGACACUGCAGACCGACUAUGAGGCCGAGGUUGCGCACUCGCGCAAGUUGCAAGAUGCACGCCCAAGCAUCGCCGCUGCCUCCGCUCCCCCAGCUGCGGUCAACGAGGAGCAAGACAAGAAUGAAAACUCCCUGGCCAUCUACGAGGACAUUACCGGUCUCGGCAUUCUGAGCGUCCGUAUCAAGCGUGGCGGCUCGUCGGGCAAGGAGGUCAGCUACAACUGUCACCAGCUUGUGGAUGGAAGAGGUUUUGGGUUCAAGUUGCGGUCAUUCAACGAGGCCGACCGCGCGACCAAGACGUGGAACAAGAUGCUCGAAUUCACUCCCGACAGCCUUCAACACGAGAAGGACAAGGCGUUUGUCACCCGCCUUGGGCCGUUUGCCCAAGGGUUCACCAUUCCCCGCGAACAGAUUCAGGGGGCUUGGGAUCAGCUCCGUGCCCGCAUGUCCAAGGACGGCGUCUUUGACGAGCCGCGCGAGCAGUAG